GAGUGAGUUCCAACUUAAUUCAACGCCAAAAUGCGUCUCCUGCUAGUGUUAACUUCAUUACUAUCACAUUCUUUCGCAAGUGCAACAGUAAGCGAUGGUCGAAUUGUUGGGGGUCACGACAUUACCAUCGAGGAAGCACCUUACCAAAUUUCUCUACAGGACAAUGACGCACAUUCUUGUGGAGGUUCCAUUAUAUCACCCAGUUAUAUAAUCACUGCUGCACAUUGUACCCAAGAAACCACCGAGGACCAGUUGUCAGUUCGAGCCGGUACUUCAACUCGAGAGGAUGGUGGUCAAGUACUAGAAGUCAAAAAAAUUUACAAUCACCCCAAAUAUAAUACUGAAAAUGGAGUUCCAGAUUACGACAUAGCUAUUCUAGAAUUAUCAACGAAUUUGGAGUUGGGAUUUCAAGUGGCUGUCAUAAGUCUUCCAAGUCAAAAUCAAGAAUGGCCAGCGGGCACUGAUGCCUUCAUUACUGGCUGGGGGUUGCUACAUGAAGGCGACAACACACUUCCUGUUAAUUUACAGGGUGCUACUGUUCAACUCACUGAUGAGAACGUAUGUGCAGAAAGCUAUAGUGGGUUGAUCACCGAAAGGAUGUUUUGUGCUGGGGUUGAUGGAGGUGGAGUCGACUCCUGCCAAAGUGAUUCUGGCGGUCCACUACAAGUGGAUGGUAUUUUAGCAGGAAUUGUUUCAUAUGGGUUUGGUUGUGCCCUGCCUGAUUCUCCUGGAGUCUAUACCAAUGUUAGCGUUGUUUUAGAUUUUAUUAACGAAAUUACCGGUUUAGGAGGAAGGUGGUAAAUUCGGCUACUUAACCGCAUAAUUUCAAAAAAAAAUUGAGAAACUACGGGUUUGCUUAUCAGUUAGUAGAUAUUUAUCGUUCUAGGUGUAAUUUUACUGAAUAGGUAUCUGAAGCAUUACAGACAUGUGACAAUAUUUUUAAAAACGAUAACACAAAUGAAUUCAGCGAGGUGGUUUCUACCACGGGAAGGAGUACUUUCGUGGAAACAUCAACUUAAUUUAAUAAUUAAUUGUAUUUUAACAAUAAAAAUAACAAAAAAUAAAUUUAAUGAAAUAAACAAUAUGUUCAUAUGUUUAAAA